AUGGGGAACCUUCUCGACAGCGAGUGUAUAGACAAGACAGCCAUCUGCAGCUGUCUUCGCCCGGAGCAGCAAACAGAGGAGGGGGCCCUGGAAGUUCCUGCUGCUGCUGCUGCUGCUGCUGCUGCUGCUGCUGCUGCUGCUGCUGCACCGGACACGAACUACCAACGCGCAGCCGACGCAGCAAAAGCAGCAGCGAGGCCGCGCAGCAGCAGCAGCAGCAGCAGCAGCAGCAAAGGAGCAGCAGGAAAAGCAGCAGCUGGGGCUAAGAAGACCCCCAAGAAAGGGUCUCGCUCGAAAGAUCCUGCUGCUGCAGCACCUGCUGCUGCUGCUGCUGCUCCUGCUGCUGCUGCUCCUGCUGCAGACCGCGAUGCUGCUGCUGCUCCGGCCGAAGCUUCUAAGCCAGCAGCAGCAGCAGCAGCAGCAGCAGCAGCAAAAGGACGAGAGGCAGCGGCAGCAGAAGCGCCUUCCGCUGCACCUGCCGGGCCUCCACCAUCGUCCGCUCCAGCAGCAGCAGCAGCAGCAGCAGCAGCAGCAGCAGCAGCAGCAGCAGACACAAAGUGGAUUGCGGGGUCUUUGUCUCUCCCAGUAGAUCUGCAUGUGCUGCAGCAGGUGGCUCGAGAGCCUUUUGUUAUUCAGCAGCUGCUGCUGCAGUCUGUUUUCAAUAAGUGGGACCCCCAAGGCACAGCUCUUUCCGCUUCUUCUUUUGUCUCUCUGGUGGAGUCUGUAAAUGAAUUUGAGGCAGCAGCAGCAGCAGAAGCCUUCCAGCAGCUGCAGCAGCAGCAGCAGCAGCAGGAGCAGCAGCAGCAAGACCAACUCGCUGUUGACCUCCCUGAUGCGAGAGCAGCACUGUUUGAGCUUUGCGAGACUACCCUUGGGGGCGGCUGGCUGGAAGCAGCAGCAACAGAAGUGCUGCUGGAUGCAAUCUGCAGCGCAGCAGAUUAUCAGCUGCUGCUGCAGGACUUCGUAGCUUUGCUGCAGUCACUUGCUGCUGCUGUGAGGGACCUUAACUUGCUCUACAGAUACAAGCAGCAGCAGCAGCAGCAGCAGCAGCAGCAGACGGAGUAG